GCCAGUUUGCUCAGAUCUCGUCGAGGAAGCUCGUGCUCUUCUCGCUUAACCCCUGGCUCAUUUUUGGCGUCGGAUAAGGUUUUGCAGAAACAUAUUUCGCAGCAUCUUGGAACAAAAAUCCGAAACAAUAACUCCUCGUCCUUAACAUGGAUUGGAUUGAUUUUACAUAAAUUAUUUAGAAAAGGAAUAUUUUACCGCAUAUGACUAGAAAGUGCUGGAUUAUUUUGUCACAUUUUCUUGUUAAAAAUUUUGCUUGGUCGUGAGCCGUCACCAGAAAACAAUUUCAAUUGAGAACUCUUCACUGUGACUCUUGAAUUCUUGAACAGAAACUUGAUAUAUUUUCUCAUCUGGAUUUAACGUACCAUUCCUAUUUCCACCAAUAAACAGGAUUUCUGCUUUUUAUAUUGUGAUUAUUUCAUAUUUGGAAGUUAUACAUUCGGACAAAUCAUGUUGACCAAACUUGCUGCCAGUGCGGUGUUUUAUGUCACAGCACUUUAUUUAUCUAUAUAUGCGGUAACCAGUGGAAAUGCACAGUGUAUUGAGAAUGGAAUAAGCACAAAUAUAAGCAGCGAGUUAGUAAGAGAAGGGGAUAGUGUGACUCUGUCCUGCUAUGUAUCUGGUGCCGGUGGACUGUCGACUUCCUGGGUCAAUCCAGCCGACGAAAUCCUCUCCGUUGAUGCAGUUAUUUCUGGAAACCUCGAACCAAGGUUUGCGAUCGAAGCCAAUAAUGCGAACCCGGAAUGCAUGGUAUAUAACCUUACCAUAUCAAACCUGACCAUGGCCGAUGCAGGCACCUAUGCGUGUCGACCGACGACGGCAACGAAUCCGUUGUCGAGCGAGGCAAUUCUUAUUGCAUAUGAGCCGUCACCGAUCUAUCCAGAGUGUCGGGUAACGGGAGGUAGUACCUUGGUCCGGACAGGAGAUGUCUUGGAGUUCAUCUGUGAAAGCGAACCCGGCGUUCCCGAAUGGGAUCUUGUCUGGGAAAGCUAUCUGUCCGGUACGAUCUCGACGUCGCCCAUCAAUUCGACAACGACUAACAGUGAGUUGAAAAGCAUCACGUCAUCAUUAAACGCCACCGCUGAUGAGAAUGGAAAGAUCAUGUCCUGUUUUGCUACCUGUCGCGAUCCAGGGUGCGUGGAUAAAGCUUCACGGAACUGCAGUCUGGGACAGAUCGUUGUCGUCGACAACCCUGUUAAUGAGUAUUUCUUUGUUAAUGACUCUUUAAUAUUUGUGACGAUUGGCGGGAAUGUGAGCAUGGAGUGUCACACAACGUUGCCCGGUGCAGAGGUGAACUGGCUCCUACAUGAAACUGUAACAGAGAGCUAUGUGGUAGAGACGACUCCUACUGGACAAUCAGCAACCAUCUACAUUACCGGUAUUACCAACACUACCAGUGAAAACCCUUUUGUAUGUUCACUCAAUAUCGACGGUGCUCUUAUCGCGACGAGAAAGGCUUCCUUGACACUCGAUCCAAUUCCGACCACCCAGAUUCCAACCACGGUGAUCCAGACGAUGGGGCCGACGACGGCGAGUUAUUCCACAGACAUGGCCCCGAUGAACGUCACAGCGACGCCCAGCAUGUUGGUGAAUGUCACAUCAAACGCGACAAAUGCGGUAAAUACGACAAGCCAGCCAGGUAACGCAACAACAACCAUGUCAUCUGGCAAUGUUACAACCACUCUGGCGUAUGGUAAUACGACAUUGGGUGUGACAAACAGUUCGUCACCAAACGCUACUGCAGCUGCUACCACUCCCCCACAAGAACCUACGACACAAGCGCCAUUUUUGCGUACAAACACAACACAGCAGCCACAGAAUACGACCAUGCCAACAACGACGCUGCAAGGAGGCACCAAUGGGACAAAUGUGACGUCAGAAUCAGGCAACACAACAGCAACAGUAGGACCCUUCGACCCAACGAUCGCUCAACGUAAUAUGACAACACUCGACUGGUGGAAACCACAGACAACAUUCUUCCCACAGAAAACUAUGUUUCCUCAGAAUCCUGAGAGUCCUACGAACAUGAUGACCCAACAGCCUUCAACAGGCCCUCAGACGACACCAGUUGCUUCAGGUCCGCCGAACGCCAUAGCUGCUUUCUUCACUCUUCCCAUCAUCAUGGGUAUCGCAGCAGUUGGUGGUCUCCUUCUCAUCUUUAUCGUCGCAGCUAUCGUCUGCGUUUUGACGUCGAAGAAACGACGCGGCAGUCAACACGACGUCGAAGAGCUAACCGAACUCUCCAAGAGAAACUCCAAACCUUACGAAGUGCCUUCCAGCCGGACAGCAGAGUCCGAUCCGACGUUUGCUGCAUUCGGAAAGGGGACAUCAACUCAAGACUUGAUCAACAUCGGCGAUGAUCAUCCGUCCAGCGCGCAACAGAAUGGUAGCAACAACGUAGGGAGAAGCAAUAAGAACAAUGGAUCUGAUACGAGACCGCUCACUGCUAAUGAUCUUCUUAGUAACGGUAUUGAUAAUCAUGGCAUGUCUGAUUCUAUUCUUUAAACCAACAAUCGCAACAUUUCAAAUAAUUGUACUCUCAAUACAUCAUGAAUAUAAAGAUGACAGUCGAUGUCGUUUCGGAUAAAAAAAAAGCCUUCAAGGCUGACGCGAAUUUUAUCCUUCCAUUAGUGAUCUCGGCCUGCCUGAUUGAACUCCGCGGCGCGCCGGUGUCGCAGCGAGAUCGACAUGACAGCGAAGCAAAUCUAUGAACUUUCAACUAGAUAUUGUUACGUAAUGCUGUAAAUUUCAUAUUCAGAUUGGCAUCCGUUCAUGAUGACGUCAGAAUGACGAAUGCUCAGUCGCACCAACGGAAUCGCUUCCAGAUCGAUCAGAGCUGUUUCCAAUGCCAUACCAUUGAUCGAUUUGGAAUCGGUUGCGUUGGCGCUACUUUCAACAUCUUGCGAAUCUGACUGCCCUAAAGUAAUGGGGUUUUCUCUAAAUGCUCCUCGUUAUCGUAGUGUUUCUGGUUAUUUUCCAUCAGUUUGUAGACACUCGUUGGAUGGGACGCAAAGAUGGGGCUACUAUAAUAAUUUUAAGUAUGACUGAAUUCUUUAUUAUGUUCAUUAUGGUUCAUAAUGUAAACUAUCAAACACAUGAAUGACGUUACAAAUGAGCGAUUUAUUACAUGCAACAUCAAUCAUGGUUUAUGCCGGCAAUAGCAGGUGUUGGAAUAUUAUUUAAAAGCAUUAAGCGUAAUAGUGGUUACACCAUAUUAUAAGGUCUUUGGGUUACACCAAACGAAAUCUACUCGAGUUCGAUCAACGUUAAUACCAAUGAUACCAUAUAUAAACCAUCGGUCGAUUUGGAACCAGUUCUGUUGUUGUGACUGUAGCCAUUACCCGGCAUGUACGGUUAUGAUUGCGGUGCCAUGGAACGGGGGCGGGAUGGAGGAGGGGGGCUUCAGCCGCUCACCAACUAUUAUCCACAAACGUAAAAGUUACCAAUUGAAUACGAUUUUUUUUUUGUUUCAUGGUCAGCCCCCCCCACAUUUUUGGCGCAUCCAACUUCCCCCUUAAAUAAAAAUAAACGUCUGAGGCCCCUGUAAUCGUACCCAACAUGAUCAAAGAAAACCCCACAUUGUCUCGGUUUCCGGUUUCAACGAUUGUGAAGGAAUGAAACCUAUCUUGAUGAUUAAUAAGGGACAUUGUAGCACAUGAGUGAAUAUUACACUACUACCAAACAAUGGUCUUCGUAUUGCCAAGUUAUACUUACGAAAGAUGCCAUCAAUUAAUUUCAGGAAUCUUAAAACCAAGGUUUCCUGGGUUUCAUUAUAAUCCUGGAUUGAGGUCUUUAGGAUUUCCAGAGCCCCCCCCCCCCCCGCCUCGGUAAAUUUUUAUUCAUAAAUUUGACUUUUUUAUUAUGAUGCAACGAAAUGACAAUGGCAAUUACGAAUCGCAAAAAAUCUGGGUGCCCCUCGAAACAAUAGCCUUAACCAGCCCGACAUGUUCUAUGUGACAUGUGUGUGGAGAAGGAAAUGAAAUUGAUGAAAUCACACUUUCUAAUUUCAGGGAUUGGUCUCCCUUUAACUAUUUUUUAAUGGCAUGUGACCUGUACGUAGCCUAAUGAAAGGUGGAAAACAAAUGUGUCAUGAUGUUAUAUCAUUUGAUCUUAUUUUGCCCCUCCCCCACCGCCUUCGUUAAUUGCCCCUCCCCCUUCACCUUGCGACACAAUUUCCAUGAAUCUUGAAUCGUUUGUCAUCAUGACUUGACAUAACGAAUGGGGGCCCCAGACUGUGCCGGGGGGUAUAUUGCGUAAGAGUACCUGAUAUUCGUCAUGACUUUAUCACUAGCUUCCUCCAGGUUAAAGUUUACUAGGUUUUAAGUGUUGUUGAACAACUUUGUAAAGUUUUUCAAAUUUUGAAAUGAAAUAAAUUCGUUAUCAAUGAAUGAAUGAAUGAAUCAAUCAACCAAUCAAAUCAAUCACCCCAGCCUCUCCAACUCUCGGUUCUCACCAGAGAAAAUGAAGUACACACAUACCUCUUCGCGGAUUGAAAAAUAAAAUCUUAAAUCAAAUUAAUUCAUUGCUUUUACAUGAUAUUUUGCACCGUCCGGGGUUGUCCAUGACUUUCUAGCUCCGUUUUAAUUCUUACACAUCUUCCCUCAAAAAAAUGUAUAAAUCUCUGGGACGGCGAUUGUCACAAUUAAGUAUCUUCAUAUCUACCAAUUUCCCCAUUACCGGAAAACGGCCCACAUGAGGCGCCGCCCCUCUUCAUUCUAUUUAGAUAUUCAGUACCCUGGGGAUUCCCCACAAGAUAAGUUUAAAAAAAAUCUUGGUAACAAGCCAGUUUUAUUAAGGUAUUAGAAAAGUGAUUUAAGUCUUUACAGUCAAUUCAAAUGUAUUGUGUUUUAUUUUUAUAUAGUGACGAUAACAAUAUAUCUAACAAUCUCAUUCAUGAGUCAGAUAUGGUCUUUUAAAUUUUCGCUUAUUUAGUAUUUCCAUAAUACAGCCGUAUGCACAUUAUAAUAUGUGAGAGCGGGUUUUGUCACACACGCACACACACACGAUCUUCAGUUUAGAUCAUAUAUUUCUAAGAGCAGUUAGUUCAAUAUUGAAAGCUCUGGUUAUGUAUUUAAAAGAUAUGAAAUAAAGUAACGGUAUGAAAUAAAGUAACUUGUUACUGGAAAAUCAAACAAUAUCUCCAUUAUUGGAUGAAUUAAUUGAAAUAUAAUAACGCGUAUAAUGUUACAUCAUUGUCUUCCUCGCUUUUAUACUGCCAAUGUUGCAAAUACAAGCGUUAUGGAAAUUAGUGAAAAUAUAAAAUGCAAUAACUUUGCUUGUUUUACACUAGAUCUUAAUGGAAAUUUCACUGGAUUAGAUUACCCUUUCUGACUUUUGAAACUUUAUUUCUGUUCUAUUUCCUGUGUCAGAUGGUAGCCUUUAAGUUGUAGAAGUGAUUUAAAAGGUGUCCUAUAUGUUAAAUCAACUCGCUAUAGGGUUGCAUUUGGCCUUUAAUGGUAACUUUAUGAAACUGUACAUACGGCCCCUGGUACCUAGGUCCCUUGCCAAAAGAAUAUUGUAGGUUUAGAGAAACGGA